AUGGCAGUGUCAGCACGAAGGUUCGACAUCGUAAUCCUCGGAGCCUCUGGUUUCACAGGCAAACACGUUCUCAAAGAAGCCCUCAAAUUCCUCAACAAUUUCAACUAUCUUGCUAUAGCGGGCCGCGACCCCUCUAAAUUAGCCCAAACUCUCAACUGGGCCGCCAGGCCUAAUGCGCCCCCUCCCAUUCCCAUCCUCACCGCCGAUACCGCCGAUGCCGCCUCCCUCCGCGCUCUCUGCGGCCGCACGCGCCUCCUCCUCAACUGUGUCGGUCCCUUCCGCGGCCACGGCGCGCCUGUCGUCGCUGCGUGCGCCGCCGAAGGCUGUGACUACCUCGACAUCACCGGCGAGGCCGAGUUCAUGGAGCGCGUGGAGCGUGAGUACCACGAGCAGGCCGUGAAGAACGGCGCUUUGGUGGUUUCGGCGUGUGGGUUCGACUCGGUGCCCGCGGAGAUAGGGUUUUUGUUCCACUCGAGGCAGUGGGUGGGCCCGGCACGGCCAAACAGGGUGGAGGCAUACCUGGGGUUAGACUCGGAGAGGAGGAUUGUGGGAAAUUUCGGGACCUUUGAGUCUGCGGUUAUGGCUGUGAAGGAUUUGAAGGAGAUGGAACGGUGUAGAUUCAGCAGAGUAAAACCUAAGAUUCCUGGGCCUCCACCUAAAGGAGAAAUAAUAGAACACCAGAAGAAAAUUGGCCUUUGGGGUGUAACACUACCUUCAGCAGAUGCAACUCUUGUUGGAAGAACACUUUCAACUCUAACUGAAUCCCCUCAUGGUCUUCCUGGGUUGAAUGAGAGUGCUGAGAUGGUUGAGAAAAGGAAAGCCUUCUGGUCAUCAGUAAAGCCGGCUCAUUUUGGUGUGAAACUAGGCUCAAAAUCUUUGUUGCAUUUGUUUGGAUUUAUUAUUAUUGGAAUAUUCAUUGGACUUUUGGGAAGAUUCUCUUUUGGAAGGUGGCUUCUAUUGAAAUAUCCUUCCAUAUUCACCUUUGGUGGGUUCAGUAAGAAUGGACCUUCUGAAGAGGAGAUUGCGAGUGCUUCAUUCAAGAUGUGGUUUGUUGGACAUGGUUUCAGCAAUGAGAGCCUUGCUGCACAGGGAAACACGAAACCUGACAUGGAAAUUAUAACAAGAGUAAUGGGACCUGAAAUGGGUUAUGUAACCACCCCUAUAAUUCUGGUUCAGUGUGCUCUUGUACUUCACAGCCAAAGAAACAAUCUACCAAAUGGAGGAGUUUACACACCUGGGAUUGUAUUUGGUCCAACUGAUCUCCAGGAAAGGCUUCAACAAAAUGGAAUAUCUUUUGAUGUCAUCUCAAAAAGUCCCCUUUCUACAUGA